CACUGUCAUGAUAAAUACACAACGUAGGUCGUUUGCUUAUAGAGACAGGGAAAGAAAUGCGAGCGCUGCAUACUGCGCAGUUAUCGCUUUCUCUUUCCAGAAAGCUAUUCUUCAAAGCUGGCGGCUCGCCUUUCUACCAGCGGCUAUCUAUCACAUGGCCAGUGGCGGAUUUGAGCCGUACCUGUACGGACCGCUGUGGGACGUGCGCGGAAUGACCGGCAACGAAAACGAGGGCCCCCCGGGCUCACGGAGAGACACGGGGGCGCGGUUCGGGACGUGCAGCGAGGAAGACAGACUCCGAACUUUCCAAAACUGGCCACGAGACGCUCCGGUUACACCGGCGGACCUCGCUCGUGCUGGCUUUUACUUUUUGGAAAGUGACGACGCGGUUCGGUGCUUUUGCUGUAAAGGGACGCUAAAAGACUGGGUCCGGGGCGACCACCCGUUUGAGGAGCACCGGAGACACUUUCCAGCCUGCGACUUCGUUUUAGGGAGAAAUGUAGGCAAUGUUGCGCGCCCUGCACGCUCCACCGAUUCAGUUGAUGGACAGGUUUUGAGUCAGCAAAUGCAAGAACAGGUCACGACUGGACAGGCCGUGUGCCCGGAGAUGGGGUCCGAAGAAAGCCGCCUCGCCACAUUUCACAACUGGCCCCGGGGAGCUCUAAUUCAGCCAGACGCACUGGCAAGGGCAGGCUUCUUCUACACGGGCCAUGGCGAUAAUGUGACGUGUUUCUUCUGUGAUGGCGCUCUGAGGGACUGGGAGUCUGGGGACAAUCCAUGGCAGGAACAUGCUAAGUGGUUCCCACGAUGCGAGUUUUUGCUUCAAGCAAGAGGACAGGAGAACGUCAACACCAUUCAGCAAUCUUACGUCAACACCUCUGAGAUGGUGGGUGCAAUUCAGACUCCAACUGCAGGACACGUUCCCACCAACCAUGAGUCGCUGAGCGGGGUGGAGGCAGCCGUGUCGUCUCCCGUGGUGCAGGCGGCGCUGCAGAUGGGCUUUCAGCGGGCGUUGGUGGAGGGCCUGGCGCAGUCGCGCUACCUGCUCACCGGCCACCAGUACACCUCCAUUUCCAACCUGGUGGCUGACAUCCUGCGGGAGGAGGAGGAGCAGGGCAGCGAGCCCAGCACAGAUCCUGUGGCGAGGCAGGGUGGCAGUACCGGUGGAAUGACAACUCAGGCCUCGGCCGCACAGAACCUGAGCACUGAGGAGCGGCUGAGGCAGCUUCAGGAGGAACGCACCUGCAAGGUGUGCAUGGACCACCAGGUGUCCAUGGUCUUCAUCCCCUGCGGUCACCUGGUUGUCUGCAGGGACUGUGCUGCCAGCCUACACCACUGCCCCAUCUGUAGAUCGUUAAUCCGCGGCAGCGUCUACGCCUUCAUGUCCUGAGGCCGGCGUGUGUCUACGCUUUAACCCACGUGCACGCCCUCCCCCGAGACACUGCACUGUGGGGAAGGUGGCAGAAAAAACUAACUAACUACGUUUAGCCACCAAUAGAAUUAGUGCCUCCGAGAAGGAAGGAAAGCCGUUUAUGGAAAAUAUUAUUUACUGAAUAAUAUCUAGUCUUCUGACUGCAGUGUGUGUCCUCUAGUUUUGGGUUCUACUCAAUUAAAAUAUGGAAGGUUCAGUCUGAUUAUGCUACGGAGAAAACCAUGCAUCUUUUUUGCUUUGGUGUUUGGUCAGGUUUCGUGUACUGACCCUCUUAGAGGUGUGUUUAUGCAAAAAAAAAAAAAAGUAAUUGCUCUCCAACACAUUUAGAAAAGCACCGGUAUCAAAGACAACCCAUGAACGUCCAUGUUAAACCGGACGUUUCACAUUAGUGGGUUUGUGAGUUUUGUGUUUUAUGGGGCUCUUCUGCUCUUCUGGUUUGUCAAAGUUCAGAAUGAACCUGCCUUGUCUUCACCUUUUUACCUUUGAAUUCCCAAACUUUAAUCAAAGACUUUCAUCCGUGUGAAGAAGCAGCCCCCUGCCGAUCAGAACUGCCCGUGCAGGUUUUCUGAUUGCCUUUGCACCUUUAGAAGUCAGCACCACCCAUCUGAUCAAUAACCCUGAUCAGGGAGGCAUGAAGAAUCAAUGGGGAUGUUUGAUGAAAAGUACACAUCUUUUUUUUUUUUUUUUUAAACUAUUUAUUUUAUUAACAAAUGUCUAUUUACAAUUCUGAAGAGCAAACGUGUGGUGACAGAUAAGAUCACAGUAUCGGCGGGACAGCAGUGGAGAACUGGAGUAGUCGUCGUUCCCUCAGGACUCUCCUGUAAGAUGAGAGAUGACGGCAGCAGACGAGUGAAAAGAGAGUCAGAGGCAGCACGGCAGGGUUGGGGAAGAACAGACGUUCAUUUCACUCAUUUACAACAGUCAUGCGCCGGCAGCAGAUAAUCACGCGUCCUGGAUAGCUGGCCUUCAGAAAAUCCUAAACAAAUUUACUUCAGAAUUACAAAUGUGUACAAGUAUCAUCUGCGUGUACAUUAAAAAACGGGGGG